UUUAGAACUAGAAAGAUAAUCAAAUUGUAUCAAGAAAAUAGGUAGUGUAGUUUAGCGAGAAAUUGGGGGAAAAAGAUGAUUGUUGACCUUCAGCGCAUCGCAAGGGGCACGCAUCUGCUUAAGUGGCAAGGUGCUAUAUUCCCGUAUCCAUGGCGGUGACGCAAAAUGCGGAUUACAAUAUAGAGAAGGAGAACUGGCGUCUCAGUUGCCUUGGCCCUUGGUUUUGGUCCCUCCCCCAACAACUGUGCGAAUAACCCACAUGCUAUCCUACUCUUGUCAUUACCCGUUCGUUAUCUUUCCCUCUCAAUUUCUUAAAUUGUAUAUAAUCUAAUAUCCAAUUCGAUACUCUUUUCUCUUCCUUUCUAUCUAAUCCAAAACCCAAAAGCCAAAAGCCGAAAGAAUUCUUUGGGUUCUUCUGCUCUAGGAAAUGCGGCCUUCUACCUUUAGAUUCUUCCAAUGGCAUCUGAGUCACAAGUCUUUCAGUUCUUUAAUCUACAGGCUAGCUUUUCAUCCAGAGCAUCAUUACUAUCUGCAAGCAGCAGUGGUCAAAAUAUAACGACUAGUCAUCUCAAUGGAUCCUCGUCAAAGAUGUAUUCAACUUCAUGCGAGACAUUGUCCGAAGAUUCACCCAAAGAUAAACCUAUUUCUGACAUGUUGAUCGAUUCAUUUGGAAGGCUGCACACGUAUUUGAGAAUAUCAUUGACUGAACGUUGCAAUUUACGGUGCCACUACUGUAUGCCAGCUGAGGGUGUAGAACUCACUCCUAGUGCUCAACUUCUAUCUCAGGAUGAGAUUGUUCGCUUGGCAAGUUUGUUUGUUAGCUCUGGAGUGAACAAAAUUCGUUUGACUGGUGGGGAACCAACUAUUAGGAAGGAUAUCGAAGAACUUUGCUUACAACUAUCAAGCUUGAAGGGUCUUAAAACCCUGGCUAUGACUACAAAUGGGAUUACUCUAGGAAAAAAACUUCCAAAGCUGAAAGACUCUGGACUUAAUUUGGUGAACAUAAGCUUAGACACAUUGGUUCCAGCCAAAUUUGAGUUUAUGACUAGGCGCAAAGGGCAUCAAAGAGUAAUGGAGUCAAUUGAUGCUGCAGUAGAGCUGGGAUAUAAUCCUGUCAAAGUAAAUUGUGUUGUAAUGCGUGGAUUCAAUGAUGAUGAAAUUUGUGAUUUUGUUGAGUUGACACGCAAAAGGCCAAUCAAUGUGCGGUUUAUUGAGUUUAUGCCGUUUGAUGGGAAUGUUUGGAAUGUCAAGAAGCUAGUACCUUAUGCUGAAAUGUUGGACAAAGUGGGUAAACAAUAUACAGGGCUUCUGAGAAUUCAAGAUCAUCCCACAGAGACAGCUAAGAAUUUCAGGAUAGAUGGGCAUCAAGGCUCGGUUUCAUUUAUUACAUCAAUGACUGAGCAUUUCUGUGCUGGUUGUAACAGACUGCGACUUUUAGCUGAUGGAAACUUUAAAGUUUGCCUUUUUGGUCCUUCGGAGGUGAGCUUGAGGGAUCCUCUUCGUCUUGGUGAAGGUGAUGAUAAACUUAGGGAGAUCAUUGGGGCAGCGGUCAAAAGGAAGAAAGCUUCUCAUGCUGGGAUGUUUGAUAUUGCAAAAACUCCAAAUAGGCCGAUGAUACAUAUUGGUGGAUGAUGGAUGGAAUAUAUUGGGUUUCGGUGCUCAUCACUGAAUUGUACAAUGAUGUAUGUAACAUCAAAGAAACCAGGAAAAACGAGAAAUAUAGGAGCAGAAAACAGAGAGGAAGGUGACCCAACAGGUGAAAAUGCUCGACUUAAGCAAGUAACCUACAAUUUGGAUUUUUGAGGCUGUAUAUGUGCAUGUUUUAAAACCACGAAACAUAGUGAGGCAUAUACUUAAAGAUCCGUGUAUCCCUACAUAGUAGUGUUUUUCUUGUGUGAAAUUAAGAAAUUUAUACGUAUUACAUGUACAACUUCUGAGCAGGCUGUUUUCCUUUUGAACUACAUGUUAAUUGUGUCUCUGUUGCUACAUUUAUGUGCUAUUACUUAAAGAAAAAGGAAACAAAGACAUUUGUUGUACUCUAUUUCAGAUCUUGCCAGAAAACGAAAACAUUGGACGUU